UUAGAGGGUUCCGGCCACUUCGUCCCUGUCAUCCAGGAUAUUUCUUCUCACAGUCAGAAGCCUUGCCUGCAGGCAGGUCAUUCAGUAGGAGUCUGUGGAGAGGAGAGGACGCACCAGGACUGCUGCAAAUCGCUGGAUAAAUUUAUCGCUCACAGCCUGGGGACUACACAUUGCUACAAAUACGCCUGGAAUCCUUAUCUCUGGUUUAUUCUGGGAUCAACCUGUAAUUGUGGAUUUGGCCAGUCUGGCUUGCUGUGAUAACCAUGAUAAGCUGUGCGACUGUGGCCAUGCUCUGCUUGCUCUUUGGAUGUCUGCUGCUUACAGGUCAUAGUGAUGGUUCCAAAUUAAAAUCACCCAAGUUGAAUAUAAAGGAAAAAGAAAUAGUCAUAGAAGCAGGCCAACCAAUACAUCUCUCAUGCAGCAGCCACAGAAGCCACGUUUGGAUCUUCCCUGCCAACUUAAACAAGGAAAGUGACAGGAUACGUAUUACAAACAGUGCUUGUGGGGGCCAUCCACGAACCAUGUGUAGCUCAUUGACCGUGCACAAAGCUCAACCAAGUGAUACUGGGUAUUAUAGCUGCACAGUAGCCAUGAAAAAUGGAAACAGGUCCACUUCUGUCUACAUAUUUGUUGCAGAUGUCAACAUUCCUUUUGUGGAGAUGAACACUGAAUUCCCCAAGAUAGUUCACGUGGCCGAUGGAGAGGAACUUGUCAUUCCUUGCCGGGUGACAUCCCCAAAUAUAACAGUCACUUUUAAGCGAUACGGCAAACACCCAUUCCCUGUGGAUCAAAAAAACAUUAUCUGGAACAAUAAAAGAGGAAUUAUCAUUCCUAAUCCCACAUUUCAAUAUUCCGACCUCUUGAGUUGUGAGGCUACCCUCAAUGGAAUUGUGCACAAUACAAUUUAUCUACCACAUAAACAAUCCAGUAAAAUCCACAGUGUUAAACUAGAUGUCCCAGAUUCUAUCCAUCUACUCAGUGGAGAUCAGCUCAGGAUACAAUGUUCUGUUAAAACUGACUUAAAUGCAAGAGCUGAAAUAGAAUGGAAGUAUCCUCGGACGAAAUUUCAUAGAAUGGCUUUCAUAAGGAGGAAGAUGGAUGCAACAAAUUCAAAAGUACUCGUGUUCUACAGCACGCUGAUUAUUGAUGAUGUGAGGAAAUUUGACGAAGGGCAGUAUUCAUGCACGGCCAAGAAUGGUCCUUCAACAAGCUCAGUCAACACUACAGUUCGUAUUCAUGCAAAAGCAUUUAUCAACGUUAAACCUAGAACACAAGGCACCUUGGAAACUUUUGCUGGUCAGAAAUCUUAUCCUAUUUUAGUGAAAGUGAGAGCUUUCCCUGAGCCAGAGGUUAUAUGGUUAAAGGACGGCCUUCCAGCUUUAGAAAAAUGUACUCGGUACAGAGACUCUGACAAAUAUUCCCUGACUAUCAAAGAUGUUUCAGAAGAAGAUGCAGGGAAAUAUACAAUUGUGCUAAAGCUGAAGCAAUGGAAUCUGACCAAAAACCUAACACUGCCCCUUGUUGUUAAUGUGAGGCCACAAAUCUAUGAAAACUCUGUGUCUGUUCAAGAACCUGUUCUUUAUCCAUUGGGCAGCAAGCAGUCCUUAACGUGUACAGUUUUUGGUAUUCCACCUCCUACCAUAACUUGGCAUUGGCGGCCGUGUCUGAAUAAGAAUCCAAAGAUGAGAUGUGAUUUUCCCACAGACAGCAGCAGAUAUUCACUUCCACUGACGGUUGGACAUAAUAGCAGCAGCCUUGGAAAUACAAUUCACAGCAUCAGAGAACGCACACAGAUGAUUGAAGGAAAGAAUAAGACUGCGGGGACAAUCAGCAUAGAUAAUUCCAGGGUUUCUGGGAUCUACACUUGCAUGGCUACCAACAAGCUAGGGAGCGAAAGAAGAGAAAUGAUGUACUAUGUAACAGAUAUUCCAAAUGGAUUUCAUAUCUCCUUAAACAAAGUGCCUGCAGAAGGGGACGACUUCAAAUUAACAUGUUCGGUGAGCAAGUUCAUGUACACAGAUAUUACGUGGAUUUUAUUCCGAACAGUUGGGAACCGAACAAUUCAUCACAGCAUCAGCAAACAGAGAAACGCCAUUAUAACAGCGCAUUCCCUUAUCCUGACUGCCAUCAUCAAAAAUGCCAAUGUGUCCGACUCAGGUGUUUAUGCAUGCCGGGCGAAAAACCUAUAUACAGGGAAAUUUCUUCUGCAGAGAAAAGAGAUCAACAUCACUGGAGAGCACAACAGCAAAAAGACAGUUGUUUCACGGACCUCUAAACUCAAAAGAAGGAAGAGGAAUUCCACAACACAAAGCUUGGUGACCCACUAAAGGACUUCAACGUUACAGAGAUCUGAAUGAUUGUGUUUAAUAAUUGAAGGUACUUAAUAUGCCUCCUGGAAUCACUGGAGAGUGGAGGUGAAUAUGUGGAACCAUGGGUAUGGGCUGGAAUAUAUCACUCUGCAGACUUGUCCUAUUUAUUACAUGCAGCCUUUUUCUCCAGAGAUAAGCCAACCAAUCAAACUUCAGGAGUUGUUUGCUUCUCUAUGAACACUACCCUAGGAUUUGCCUGCAGAUAUUCCUGACAAUAUGGUAUUCCCAUAAUCAUUUCCAUCACUAAGAAGGAGACAGAAUCUUGUCAUCACUGGACACCAGUGGGAAAUGCAAGAGACUGAAGAAGACAAUGUAGCCCUUGGGCAGCCAUAGAGAUUAAGAUGUUUUCCUGAGCUCCAGUCGUAAUUGCCCAAGGGUGCGACUGUUAUAAUUCAAUAUAUAAGAUCAUCUUGAUCCCAAGAUCUUAUAUCAUUGUCGCAGACGAAUAAAUGACUCACUGUUUGUAGUCAUUAAGCUUAAAAAUCUUUGGGUUAAGAUGUGCAUUGAGGUAUUGGCAGGCUUUACAAAAUGCACAGUGUGCAUUAAUCACAAUUGAAUCUGAGCCAGGCUCAUAUGUUGAUAUUUUUAUACUUUCUUCUUUAGGAUUUGGUCACUCUCAGGUUUGAAAUAAGAACCUAACUUCAAUUCCUUUUCUGCAGGAAAGGCCGGCAAUGUGUAACUAAUCAUUCCGCCGCGCAUCAGUAGAGGAAAAUGAAUAUAAUUCACAUUACACAUAUCUGACAUCACAUUACGUUUCCGUAUGAAUGAACACUUUGUGUACAUGCAUUCAUUCGCUUUGUAUCUAUAAUGCACCUUACUGAUAGAGCUGCUAUAUCUUUCCUUCAGCCCAGGUGCUGAAACUGACAUUACCAUUCCAUUCCAUAGAAGAGCACAUAGCGCCCUUUAGGAUAGGCAGUCAUGCCGCUUCCUUGCUGUCACCCAAAGGGCAAAGGCAGUAUUAAUAUCUAUUUUUUCAAUAAGACUACUUUAUUAUAGUAAUAUUUGAAUUAAAAUUAUUGUGAUGCACUGA